CGAGCAUGUUUUACAGAUCUAAUGAGCUAGCGGGGACCUCCGUUGUAUGCGGAAGAGGAGUUUUCGUACGGAAUAAUUUGCUAUUUGCUGGCUGUUAACAGUGUAAUAAAUUGCAACAUACUUUUAAAUUUUUUAAGAAAUUGUUUUAAGUUAAAAUGUGCAACGGGUGCGUGCAGAAAGAGUACCCGGACCGGGGUAACAUUUGUCUGGAGAACGGUUCUUACCUGAUGAACUACCAGGGCUGUGCCAGCUGUCAUCAGAGGGACUUCGUGCUGAUCAGCAAUAAAGCCACUGAGGAUGAUGAUGGAGAGGAGAUUGUCACAUAUGACCAUGUUUGUAAAAACUGCGACCACGUCAUCGCCAGGCACGAGUACACUUUCUCCGUUGUUGAUGAAUAUCAGGAGUACACCAUGCUCUGCAUGCUGUGUGGAAAGGCCGAGGACUCCAUCAGUGUGUUACCAGAUGACCCAAGACAAUCUGCGCCUCUCUUCUAGACCUCAAACCGCACUCAUCGACGUGCUUCUGACUCCUUUAUUCAGGGUUUCAAACAUGAAAUUUUAUCUAUCAGUAGACAAGCGCAGCUUACUUUUUGGCUAGUUUCAGACAGAUUAUGAGCUACUGUAUGCUAAUGGCAGUUGCGCAGGAGUUAUAACUUUUUAAGAGCCAUCAUAAAAAAUUUAAUUUGUUGUAAAUAAACAUUUUUUUACUCCUAAGAACUUUA